AUGGUGGCAGUGGGUAUUGACUUAGGAACUACGUAUUCGUGUGUGGCAGUGUGGCAAAAUAACAAUGUGAAAGUGAUUGUGAAUGAACACGGCAACCGAACAACACCUUCAUUCGUUGCGUUCACACACCGCGAGCGUCUAAUCGGCCAAGCUGCGAAAAACCAGGCCGUUGUCAAUCCAAAAAACACUGUUUUUGCCGCUAAACGCCUCAUCGGACGUAGAUACGAUGAUAUGGGUCUUCAAAUGGACUUACGGCACUACCCCUUCAAAGUGAUCAACGAAAAUGGUAAGCCAAAGAUCCUAAUCGAGUAUAGGGGCAAGAUGCGGUCGUUUUCACCUGAAGAAAUUAGUUCUAUGAUACUUUUCAGGAUGAAGGAGGUUGCCGAGGCGUAUCUAGGUAAGAAUGUCGAUAAGGCCGUGAUAACUGUGCCAGCUUAUUUUACAGAUGCUCAACGGCAGGCGACUAGAUUGGCUGGGAGUAUUGCUGGCUUAGAAGUUAUUAGAAUUAUUAAUGAACCGACCGCCGCCGCGCUCGCGUUUGGUUAUGAUAAGAAAUUUAGCGGUGAACGAAAUGUUUUGAUUUACGAUUUAGGUGGUGGCACUCUUGACGUUUCUAUUAUAACUAUAAGUGAUUCUGUUUAUGAAGUCAAGGCGACAGCUGGAAAUUCGCGGCUCGGUGGAGAAGACUUUGAUAAUAGAUUGGUAGCGUAUUUCGCCGAGGACUUCAAAAAGCGCUACGGCAAAGAGGUGCUUAGAUACGGCAAGUGCUUGAAACGUUUAAAAUCUGCGGCUGAGAAAGUCAAAUUAAGUUUGUCUUCAGCUGCUGAGGCUACAGUGCACAUAGAAUCUUUAUACGACCGCAUUGAUUACCAUAAACCCAUUUCAAGAGUGUUAUUUGAAGACCUAUGCUCUGAUCUCUUUGAAGAUACAAUCAAACCAAUAGAUAAAGCCCUAAAAGAUGCUCGCAUGUCAAAAAGCCACAUCCAUGACAUUGUACUGGUUGGAGGAAGUACUCGAAUACCAAAGAUAAAAGAUCUCUUGAAGGAGUUUUUCAAUAAAGACCUAACUAGUUCUAUCAACCCCGAAGAGGCGAUCGCCUGUGGUGCUGCCAUUCAAGCAGCAAUCCUGUCUGGACAUAAAAUAAAUAACUUGCUUCUGGUCGAUGUUGUGCCAUUAUCUUUAGGUGUUGAAACAUCUAGGGGCAUGAUGUUCAAAGUAAUAGAACGUAACACGCCAAUACCUUGCCGUAAAGUCAAAGAAAUCACCACUUUGGAAGACUACCAGAAUUGUAUGACAAUAGAAGUGUUCGAGGGCGAAAGAACACUGACAAAAGACAAUCUUUUAUUAGGUGUAUUUGAGCUGAACAACAUUCCGCCAGCACCGAGGGGAGUUGCCAAAAUCGAUGUAGUUUUCGACAUAGAUGCAAAUGGCAUUUUAAAAGUUUCAGCACGUGAUAAAAGCACAGGCAAUUGUGAGACUAUCACGAUAGAAAAUACGCAUCGUUUAAGUAAAAGUGACGUAGGGAGAAUGAUCGCUGAUGCUGAGAAGUUUCGAGAAGAAGAUAUCGAGAAUAGAAUAAGAUUGGAGGUCAGAAAUCAGUUGGAGACUUAUAUUUAUGGGGUAAAGCAGACUGUGGUUGACAGCUUGGAGAGUCUGAGUAGCAACGAGUGUGCAUCUUUAAUUGGGGAAUGCAAAGACGCCAUCGCCUGGGUAGAAGAGAACAUGGACUGUUUUCGGGAGGAGUAUGAGAGGAAGAUGUCGGAAUUGCUACGUCGUUGGUCUGCUACCAUAAGUAAAUUGAAUCAGAGAUGGAGGCAUCGUGCUAAAAGACAGAGAAGUGAGAACAUGAAGAACGAUUCAACAACAAUUACGGAGGUUGAAUAG